AUGAGAGAGCUCGUUCAUAUUCAGGGUGGUCAGUGCGGAAACCAAAUUGGAGCCAAGUUCUGGGAGGUUAUUUCCGACGAGCAUGGUGUAGAUCCCACCGGCUCGUACCACGGUGACUCGGACCUGCAGCUCGAGCGCAUUAAUGUGUAUUACAACGAGGCCACAGGCGGACGCUACGUGCCCCGUGCUAUCCUUAUGGACCUGGAGCCCGGCACCAUGGACUCGGUUCGUGCUGGUCCCUACGGCCAGCUCUUCCGCCCCGACAAUUUUGUGUUCGGCCAGACAGGUGCCGGUAACAAUUGGGCCAAGGGGCACUACACUGAGGGCGCCGAGCUCAUUGACUCCGUUCUGGAUGUCGUCCGUAAGGAGGCGGAAAGCUGUGACUGUUUGCAGGGUUUCCAGAUCACGCACUCGCUUGGUGGCGGUACCGGCUCCGGUAUGGGAACGCUUCUUAUCUCAAAGAUCCGAGAAGAGUACCCGGACCGUAUCAUGUGCACGUACUCGGUAUGUCCAUCUCCCAAGGUGUCGGACACUGUUGUAGAGCCCUACAAUGCUACGCUGUCUGUACAUCAGCUUGUCGAAAACGCCGAUGAGGUCAUGUGCCUGGAUAAUGAGGCCUUGUACGACAUUUGCUUCCGUACGCUGAAGCUCACCACCCCCACCUAUGGUGACCUGAAUCACUUGGUGUGUGCCGCUAUGUCGGGCAUCACCACUUCCCUACGAUUUCCGGGACAGCUGAACUCGGACCUGCGGAAGCUGGCCGUGAACCUGAUCCCGUUCCCUCGUCUUCACUUCUUCAUGAUUGGUUUCGCGCCGCUGACGUCACGUGGUUCGCAGCAGUACCGUGCCUUGACGGUGCCUGAGCUGACACAGCAGCAGUUUGAUGCUAAAAACAUGAUGUGCGCCGCCGACCCUCGCCACGGCCGCUAUUUAACUGCCGCUUGUAUGUUCCGCGGACGCAUGAGCACGAAGGAGGUUGAUGAGCAAAUGCUGAACGUGCAGAACAAAAACUCGUCGUAUUUUGUCGAGUGGAUUCCUAACAACAUCAAGGCUAGUGUGUGUGACAUCCCACCCAAGGGCCUGAAGAUGAGCACCACCUUUAUUGGUAAUUCGACAGCCAUCCAAGAGAUGUUCAAGCGUGUGUCUGAACAGUUCACGGCUAUGUUCCGUCGUAAGGCUUUCUUGCAUUGGUACACUGGUGAGGGUAUGGACGAGAUGGAGUUCACGGAGGCUGAGUCCAACAUGAACGAUCUCGUGUCUGAGUACCAGCAAUACCAGGAUGCGACCGCAGAGGAGGAGGGUGAAUUUGACGAGGACGAGGAAAUGGAUGAAAUGAUGUAG